UUGUUCUCUCUCUCUCCAUAGCUGCAGACAGAAACAGACUGGUUCAAACACAACUCUGCUGUACAUAUAUCUACACAGGGAGCUGCUUUCACAUGGACACAAAAGCAUUAGAGACUUCGUAGAAAAUAUAACUAGUUUGUAUUUACAUUUUGUUGGACUUUUGUUUAUUUGUGUGUGUAGGUGUUGUAGGAUCUGGGAUAAACAUGCCGAUUAGGACAGUGAUUACGCAUGCUAAGAAACAUCCAGGGCUCAUCCCUCAGUUCUUCUUCUUGGUACUGGGCAUGACUGGGGCUUCCUGCUAUCUGAUCCGUCUGGCCAAGGGACCCCAUGUCAGCUGGAACAGAAAGAACAAUCCUGAGCCUUGGAACACAUACGGUCCAAACUAUCAGUACAAGUUGGUGGCCGUCAACACGGACUACAAGGCUCUAAAGAAGGAGGGCCCUGACUUCUAAAGGUCCUCCAGGCAACUCCAGGGGCACCACGUUUGGCAGGACCUCCUGUCAUCCUAGUGGCAGGGUGGGGCCAGCCUGAGCCUCGCUCGGUCGGGUUCUCGGUCUGUCUCCUCCGCUGCCUCUUAACCAACUACAUCACUAUAGUGAAAAAAAAACCUCUUCUUACACAACCCGGAAGUCAUGCAUCCGUCUCCAAACACCUGUGUUAUAUAACCGUCUCCUCUUCACACACUACAACACUGUUCAUUAAAGCCAUCUUUUCACAAUGCGCAACCCUCAAGUGACGGAACGGCCUCUUUCCACACACACCACACUAGUGUUGUAUACAUCUCUGUACAUGCAAUGUCACCUUCUCUGUUCAACGUACAACCCUCUCCAACCCUCAAGUGACGGAACGGCCUCUUUCCACACACACCCCACUAGUGUUGUAUACAUCUCUGUACAUGCAAUGUCACCUUCUCUGUUAAACGUACAACCCUCUCCAACCCUAAAGUGAUGGAAACUUGAAAAAAAAUGCAUUAAAAGAUGACAUGGAA